AGCCCGGAUCCGCGGCCCGGCCGCCGAGGCGAGGGACCCCCGUGCCCUGGCGGGGGCAGCCCCCGCGGGAGGGGCGGGGAGCAGCGCCCCGGGAGCGGGGGGGGGCCGGGCCGGGCGCCCGGGGCGCUCAGGAUGUUCCCGCAGGGACGGCACCCGCCCCCGCUCCAGCCCGGGCAGCCCUUCAAGUUCUCGGUGCUGGAAAUCUGCGACCGCAUCAAGGAGGAAUUUCAGUUCCUGCAGGCGCAGUACCACAGCCUGAAGCUGGAAUGCGAGAAGCUGGUGAGCGAGAAGACAGAGAUGCAGAGACAUUAUGUCAUGUACUACGAGAUGUCCUACGGCCUGAACAUUGAAAUGCACAAGCAGGCAGAGAUUGUCAAGAGACUGAGUGCCAUUUGUGCCCAGAUUAUCCCCCUCCUGACGCAGGAGCACCAGCAGCAGGUCCUGCAGGCGGUGGAACGGGCCAAGCAGGUGACCAUGGGGGAGCUCAGCAGCAUUGUCGGGCAGCAGCAGCUUCAGCACCUCUCGCACCACGCAUCCCCCCUCCCGCUGACACCCCACCCCUCCAGCAUGCAGCCCUCUAGCCUGAGUGGGGCCAGCGGCACCUCGGGGCUCCUGGCCCUCUCAGGGGCACUGAUGGCACAGGCUCAGCUGGCCACCAAGGAGGACAGAGUGGCCCAGGAUGGGGAGAACAGAGACCUGGGAUGCUCUCCCUGCUGCUGCCUGGCUCCAGAACACACCCCAAGCCGGAGCAUUUCUGCUUCCCCUCCCGAGAGCCUGCGGGACGAGGAGCGGACGGGGCUGAAGCGGAAGCGGGAGGAGAAGGACCUGCCUGGGCAUUCUGACAGCGAUGGGGACAAGAGUGACUACAACCUGGUGGUGGAUGAGGACCCGCCCUCGGAGCCCGGCAGCCCUGGCCGCUCGCCCAGCCGCCGCCUGGCUCCGUCCCGCCGGGAGCUGCCCGAGAGCCCGGCGUCCAUCGGCUCCAGCGGCAGCACCGCGCCCCUGCAGCCCAAGGACCAGAGCCCGACCGACUCCGUGGCCAGCGCUCCCACCUCCAAGCCCUCCUCUUCCUCACCACCCCGUGACUCCCUCACGCCUGGCCCCGGGCCCAGCUCGGCCAUCCCGCUCCGGCCACCCCCGGCCAAGGCCCCCACCACCGACACCGUCACUCUCCGCAGCCCUCUGAGCUCCUCCAGCCCCUACACGUCCUCCUUGGGGAUGGUGCCCCACGCCGCCCUCAGCGGGGAGCUCCCAUCCCCCGGCCUCUACAUGGGUAUCCACCUCUCGCCCCAGGUCAGCAGCGCGGUGCUCUAUGGCCGCUCCCCCAUGGUGGCGUUUGAGUCGCACCCUCAUCUGAGGGCUUCCACCCUCUCCUCUUCACUCUCCACCGUCCCUGGAGGGAAGCCUGCCUACUCCUUCCACGUCAGCGCCGAUGGGCAGAUGCAGCCGGUGCCUUUCCCCCCCGACGCCCUCAUCGGCUCCGGCAUCCCCCGGCACGCGCGGCAGCUGCACACCCUGACCCACGGCGAGGUGGUCUGUGCUGUCACCAUCAGCAACUCCACGCGACACGUCUACACCGGGGGCAAGGGCUGUGUCAAGGUGUGGGACGUGGGGCAGCCGGGCACCAAGACGGCCGUGGCUCAGCUGGACUGCCUGAACCGUGAUAACUACAUCCGUUCCUGCAAGCUGCUCCCCGACGGCCGCAGCCUGAUCGUGGGGGGGGAGGCCAGCACCCUCUCCAUCUGGGACCUGGCAGCGCCCACGCCCCGCAUCAAGGCUGAGCUCACCUCCUCUGCCCCCGCCUGCUACGCCCUGGCCAUCAGCCCUGAUGCCAAAGUCUGCUUCUCCUGCUGCAGCGACGGCAACAUCGUGGUGUGGGACCUGCAGAACCAGACGAUGGUGAGUUUCAAGGCCACACGGACGGUGCCAGCUGCAUCGACAUCUCUAACUAUGGCACCAAGCUGUGGACAGGGGGGCUGGACAACACCGUGCGCUGCUGGGACCUGCGGGAGGGGCGGCAGCUGCAGCAGCACGACUUCAGCUCCCAGAUCUUCUCCCUGGGGUACUGCCCGAUGGGAGAGUGGCUGGCAGUGGGGAUGGAGAGCAGCAACGUGGAGAUCCUGCACGUCACCAAACCUGACAAGUACCAGCUGCACCUCCACGAGAGCUGUGUCCUCUCUCUCAAAUUCGCCUCCUGUGGUAGGGAAGUGGUUCGUGAGCACGGGGAAGGACAACCUGCUCAAUGCCUGGCGCGCGCCCUACGGAGCCAGCAUCUUCCAGUCCAAGGAGUCCUCGUCAGUCCUGAGCUGUGACAUCUCUGUCAAUGACAAAUUCAUCGUUACGGGCUCUGGCGACAAGAAGGCCACGGUGUACGAGGUGGUUUACUGAUUCCUGUCACCAUCCCUGCGCCAUCAGGAAAGGGGACACACCUUGCCCGAAGCCACCACACUCACAUAGGCCUCCAGUUCUGGAACUGCCCUCCUGCAGCUCUACUUUCCUUCCUCCUCCUCUGCUUUCAGACACCGCACCAAGGCUCCAGCACCGUUGUCCUGCCCCAGUUCCUGCACGAGGCUGGAGGUGAGGGCUGGGUAUAGCCUGGCAUCCCCCAAGGCUGGGCUAGGCAUCCUGGGCCCUGUCUGUCCCUCAGGCGCCUGCAUGGGGAGCUGGACAAGCCUGAGAGCGUGUGUCUCCUGAAUUACUGCUACUGAUUUAAUGGCACCCAUUUUCUGCUGCAGAAACAGCUGUAAAUUAUCAGUAAAGAAAUGUAUUUAACUGUG